UGGCCGAUUUCACCAACAUUUCCUAAAUUAAAACCUAACUAAGAAUUACUUAGCGGUAGGAAUUUCCUAAAUACAAUCUUUGGUUUCACCAGGCUAGGUAAUUCUUAGUUAUGAAGCUCCUAGUUAAGACACAGUGUUUAGAAAGUUUUUGUUGUCAGGUUGCAAUACUUCAUAAAAAUCGAUUCGAUAUUUCAUAAGUGACAAGUGACAAUUAUUGUCAUUCAUGACAGCUGUCUGCUUGGAUGCUUGAAUGCUAUUAGGUGGUUUGGUUAAAAUGGAUAUAAUUGUGCAAAAAAGAAAGCGCUCAGCUAAUUUCAAUAGCGAUGAUAAAAUAAUGCUAUUGUCUUUAAUUGGAAACAAUAGCAUUAUUUUAAACAAAAAAACCGAUGGUUCUACAAACCAGAUGAAGGAGGAGGCCUGGCUGAAAAUUGGGCAACAAUUUAAUUCACGUGCAGGGGAGAGAAGGGAGGUAGAAAGCUUGAAGAAAAUAUGGGCAAAACUGAAGAGCGAUGCGAAAACUUACCGGGCCAAAGAACGCAUUAGCGUUUCGCAAACUGAAGGUGGGCCUUCUGAAGUAAAAGCAGACCCCAUACUGGAAAAAGUAUUAGAUAUUUUGGGUCGUGCUGGUAGGGGUUUGGAAAAUAUCAAUGAUUGCGAUAUUGAUGAAGAACGCAAAGAAAAUAUGGUACCAGAAAAUGCUUCAUUGGAUUUACAAGAUAACAUUGUUGUUGAGGAAGAAGAGGAAAAGGAGCAUCAGAUUCAGCCUCAAAUAAUAGAUAAGAUGCCUGUUCACCAAAGAAGACGACCACUAAUUUCAAUUGAAAGAGGGAGCUCCUUGAAUGAAGCACGGUGCUUAACAGAAAGGAAAAAACAAGAACUAAUAGAUGCAGAAAUGAGAAGGGAAAUGGAACUUCACGAGCUCAAAAAAAGAAAACUAGAAAAAGAUAUUGAAAUAAGGGAUCUUAUAAUUAAAAAAAUUAAAGAUGGAGAACCUCUAAACGAUUUGAUCACACUUAUGCAAAUGGGAAAUUGAAGUAAAAUGAAUAGAUAUAAAAUGGAAUUGUUUUGCAAUAAAUUUCCAAAUAAAUUAAUAGUUGUUUCUUUUAUUAUUUUUUAACUUACUAAAGGUUGU